CUUUCUUGUUUCUUUUACCACACAGCCUGUGCAUGGCCAUCUAGCCAUGUGCUGGGGAGCUCCCCAACAGUUUAGUGCGAACCGUGCUUGAGUUAACAACGUCUUUUACCGAAUUGGUAAGUGAACGCGAAUUAAACGCUGGCGCAAGCGAGAAAGAAAAGUGAACAGCAAACAAACAAAAACAACAAAAGCAACAGUGUUGUGCAAGAAAAAAAAAACAACAACAACCGGCGGUUUGGUGUGCCUCAACAACAACGGUUAUAAUUUACACACGACAAGACAAGUGUUUGGAUUAGCAGUCAAAAAUAGUGGUGAACAAGAGUAAAAAAAACAAAACAAAAACAACAAAUAUUUAAAAAAGAGAGAAAGAAAAAAUAAGUGAUAAUUACAUUCUAUCCAGCUGCAGCAAAAACAACAAACAAAUAAACAACAUUUAAGAAAACAAAUCGUAAACUAAGCUAACGAUCAUCCAUCCGUCCGUCCAUCCAUCCAUCCGACCAGCCAUCCAACUUUUCUUAGCAACCACGUUGAGUGCUGGCGGAGUUUGGCAAAUUCAUCUUCAUCACCAAAAGCUAAAAAGAGACCUGUUCAUAUUCUUCCAUUACAUUCUGUUGCUGUCGCUGCUUCUCUUCUUCUUCUUCGUCUUCUGUUUCACUUGUUGUUGUGUAUGCGGAUUAAGGUGAAUUCCAAGCUAAUGUGGACCAACGAUGCUGUAGUCUAAGAAUGGAUGGUGUGAAUGAGAUCAACAUAAAAUUACCAAAUAGGUUGUUGAUAAUAUCAAUUGAAAAUUAUACUUAAAGAAAUAUUUAUAACAUCAACAAUUAAGAACAUUGCAGAACAAUUAAAACAUUCCAUCUAUCUGGCUCAAAUAUAAACACAGAUCAUGGGCCGGAAAGUUCAACCCAAAAUUAGUAGUCUCACAACAACAACAACAAGUAAACAAAUGCCGCUCAAAAUGUUAAAACAUCAGAAAAACAAUAAAACUUUUGUUGCCAUCAAGAGUUGGCAACUCUUCCACAUUUCAAUGCUGCUCACUGUUAUUGCCCUGUUCGCAAGCAAUGCUGAUUGUCACCAUGAAAUUUCUCAAAUAUCUCCAAAAUCCUCAGAUCAUCUGGGUUUAGUGAACAUACAGCCACUGUUAACAACCACCUCUUCCGACCAAGUCCUCUCGACCAGCAUGAAUGAUAUCUCCCAAACUCAAGCUAUGGUCACGUCAACAAAAAUGUUUGGCGACAACGAGACCCGCAGCCAUACGCGUAUCCAACGUUCCGCUUUGCCAAUCGUCAACGAAAAAUAUCCCAUUUCGGGUCAAAAUAAUGUCCAAUUUCCCAUCGAAUCGGAAAAGGAAGCUGUCGCUGGCCGUUAUUUUCAGUAUAACAUAAAACCGACAAGUUCAAUGGAACAGGAAAGCCCGAAAAUGGAGUCGACCAAGAAUGGCGAGCGAAGUGGAAAAUCGGUGAAAGUCGCCACACCAACAGCUGCCAGCACUACCGGUUCUUUUUUAGUGAAUGGGGACCUUCGACAACCUAUGUCGGGGUCCCAAAAAGCGUCGACCAACACCAGUUCUGCGACAUUGACAGCAGCUACUGCUACCGUAUCGCCGCAUAAUCCUCGUCAAAAUCCCAAUCCCGAUAUCCAAGACAUUAUCACGGGCAUUGUCAAGCUGUUGAACGGUAACGUGAAUGUGCAUGCCAAUACCCAAGGUGUGCGUCGGCCCACAGCCAGUCGCAUCAAUAAUCGUGGCCCUCCUCGGAUUUCUGAUGUCCAGCCACUGCCCAUAGACUAUGAUAAUGGCCACAAGACGCAGGGAACAUCUUCAAUGAGACCGCCACCCUAUCCAUUUGAUCGACCGGAGAGGCCCUUUAUAACGGGUGUGCCCAUACCAGAACAAAUUGUGCCAGUGCGUCCCGGUUUUGUAAGUAAUCGACCACCAUGGCAUCGCAAUAAGCCCAGGCCUCCAAUUACCACGUCGAUUGGCGGCCGUCGUCCCAUACCUCAAUAUAAACCGUUGCCACCGGCCCAAAUACAACCUCCGCAGGAAGAAGACGAGGGGGAGGAGUUGACCGCCAGUGGUAUUCCCAGUACUCAGUCUACCGGGACGGCUGGGGUACCAACUGUUGAUUCGGAAAACAACGAUGCCAUUGAGGGCCCCACUCCUACAGAUACCUCAUAUGACUCGGAGUUUUCAAACGAAGACCUGAAUACCCAAUACAUUGAGGUAUCCGAUAACGACACAGAUAUUAUCUCCGCCAACAGAGACGCCAUUCAUGAGUAUAAGCCUCCAAUUCCCAGUCCCUCGUCCACAACCUCCACACCAGCCCCAGUGCUUGUGGCGACACAUCCAACUUCGCAAUCCAAAAAAGAUGGAGAAAAUCCCCCGGCGAAAAAGAAACCAAGCAAACAUAAAAAUAACGACAAGAAGAAACAUAACAACAAUGCGGAUCAUAUUCAUAGCAGCUCGGUUGAGCCACUGCCUGUGGUGCAAAAAACCUCCCAAUAUCUACCCAUGCCCAUGGACACAAUGGAGAAUUCGGGGGAUGAGGUGAUUUUCAUGACAGCCAGCAAGACACCGGAAUUGGAAUCAGUCAGCACAAAACAUCAUAAACUGAAAACGUCGUCCUCCUCCUCUAGCUCAUCGUCACCUUCUUCCUCUGUGUCAGCAAUACCAUCCUCUUCAUCAUCAAAAAUCAAGAGUUCUGCCAUAACAACCAAACCGGUAUCGACAGAAGAACAACAGCUGGACAAAACGUCCAUUAGUCUAACUUCAAAUUUCGAUUUAAAAACAACCAUAGUUCCUACACCAAUAACCUCUGUACCCAUAACAACUACCACUACCACCUCAACUACUACCACUACUACUUCCACCUCUUCUACAACCUCUUCAACCUCAACAACCACCACAACCGAAACUAUACCCACCUCCAAUAACCAAAAUCAAGUAACAACUCCAACACCUCCGGUGCCAGACCAUUACCAUCCUCGACCUGGCAUAGUUUUGGAUGAUCCUGAAUUCCAACCAGGUGGCCGGCCUCGACCCCAGAGGCCACCACAACCCCAACUCCCACACAAUCCGGUUCAGCCACUGAAUAUUCAGCCGACCAGGCACCAACUUCCGCCGGGUUAUGGUGAAAUAUUCGAUGUUACCUUGUCUGCCAUUCAGGGUCCCGGGUCUCAGGGUGGGUCACAACAGACCAUCAACAUUAAACCGUUUGGCACCUACGACUCAGGUGUUGGUGGUGCCGGUGCUGACAUCAUUGUUUCGGCUUCAGGUGAAGAUGGUUUUGUUUCCAUAGAUGGUAAACGUACUUACAUCAAUCUUUUUGGUGAUCCCACAGAUCCGCCGACCAGUGUACAGCAGCCAUCUCCAGCCACAGCUAUACCACAACUGCCCAGUUCUCCACUUGGACCGCUCACAGCUCCCCCAUCAUCAUCGUCGUCGUCAUCUACGUCAGAGCCAAAUCCAAAUGGAAGUAGUGUCAGCAGUGGUAGUGGUGGUAAUACUCCCGUAACCCAGAAGAAUACCCCCAGUGCUGGCUAUGGAGUGGCCGAGACCGAAAUUGUGGACAUCCAUACAAAUAAACCGCAGCAUGUGAAGCCACAACAACAAUCGUUGCCCACAACAACAAAUGUUGGCACAACUCGUCCCCACUACAGGCCACGAACCACACAGCCGCCGGUGCGCAUCGACACGUGUAUUGUGGGCGAUGACACGACUUGUGACCAGGCCCAACAUGAAUAUUGCAAAACGGAAAAUGGUGUAUCCAGUUGUCAUUGUCGACCAGGUUAUUCACGUCGCAAGCAUCGCGAGCCCUGUCGCAGGGUAAUAACAUUCUACAUCGGCAUGAGAGUAGAUCGAAUCUAUGAGCACCGCAUCGUUUGGGAUAAUAAAUUGGCCGAUCGCACCAGUGAACCGUAUGGGCAGUUAAGUUUUGAAUCUGUUCGAGCUAUUGAUUCCGCCAUGUCCAUGACCCCAUAUUCGGAUGAAUUUAUGGAGGCUAAGGUGAAUAACAUAUAUCGAGAUCCUAAUCUUGGUGGCAGUGGGGUGUUUGUAAAUCUAACAAUUAAGUUGGAUGAAAGUGUUGAAACCCUUAGACCCAAUCUACGCAGUGAUGUUCAGAAACAUUUAUUGGGUGUACUGCAUCGUCGAAACAAUAAUAUUGGUAAUUCGGUACUGUUUGUUAGUUCUCCCGAGGGUGCCAUAUCUCCGCUGCGUGAUUUGGAUGAAUGCCAGGCCAGGGAUCUAAACGAUUGCCAUCCGACUGCCACCUGCACCAAUACGUGGGGCAGCUACCGUUGUACAUGUCCUGAAGGUACCAAAGAUAUGUGGUCCGAUCAACCGCACAGAUCGGGUCGUGAAUGUCAGACAUGCCCCGAAACAUAUUGCAACAGUCGCGGAGUUUGUAGCUACAAUGAAGAAGGCAACCAAAUAUGUACCUGUGAUGGCAGCCACUAUGGUGGCCAAUGUGAGAUUGAUGGCGAGGUAUUAGGUGUGGCCAUUGGUGCUUCGGUCUUGGCCGUUAUCAUAAUCGUCUUGACUCUGGUGUGUUUGAUAAUGUGGUCCCGCAGAUGGCAGAGAGAACAAAAGAAUGCAAUUGGAUCACCGGUGUUUGGUUACAUGAAUACGGCACCACUGAAGUCGGCAGCACUACCGCAACCGGGUUAUCAAGUUACUCUGGAGGAUCGCAUGCGUUGGGCCCAAAUUGCCGAUGUUAUGGCCCAGACCAAUCAUUAUGGAGCUGAACCAAUUGGUGGACCAACACGACCCUCUUCGGCCAUGUUUGCCUAUCCUAAUUUACAGACUCUGGGAAUGGGUACCCUGGGUGGUAUGUCAAUGCAAAGUACCAUGCACCAGCAAAUGCAUCACCAACAGACCAACACUUUGGCACCGCCGGUUCCCUUGCCACGGUAUGAAAGACUGGGACUCAGUUCACGUUCGAAUGGUAUGCGAACCCUGGAUAAUUCUAGCUCAAGUGAGGAAGAAGAUCGUACGGACUUGUUGGGAAGGAACUUUCAGGUGCCACGUCCAAAAUCGCGGAGUAAUGGCAGUAUAGCGAAUCAAUCUGGAAUUUACUAUGAUGUCGAUUAUGAGCCAUCAGCCAAUGGCAUCGGCAGUACUAGUGUCGAUCGUUUAUAUGGCUCACAGAAUCAAUCCACAACACACUCACACGUGGGCAGCAGUCACAUACCCGGUCCACAGGGGAUACCGAUGAGUACCUACACCUCGGGACGAGCGCCCAGUAGUUACUACAUGAAGUGAAUGGGAAAUGCAGUUGAAAAAGGAAAAAAAAAAACAAACACAAAAAUUGGGCAAUAAUAUUUUUAAGUCAUAAUCGGAAAUAGUAUUAGAAAUUAAGAAUAAAAAGAUUUACAUAUACAUACACACAUAUAUACAUAUGUAAAGAAAUGUUUAAAUUUAUAACUGUAGUUUAUGUGAAAUAUACACGUGUAAUUUACUUUGUCUGUCAGUUUGUUGUAAUUCACACUACCCUAGAACUAGUCUUUUAAGUAAUAUUGUAAAUAUUAUUAUUCAUUAUACAUCUAUAGCAGCUAUGUAUGUGUUUGUGCGAUUGAAAUAUUUAUUUUAAAUUAUUAUUAUUCUAACUCUAUAUAUAUUUAAAAUGAAAUAUUUAUUAUAAAUUAUAUUUAAAAAAAAUUCUGUAUGUAGAAUUAAAACGAAUUAUCCAUUACAAUAUAAACUGUACUAAUCAUAAUGUUUAGGCUUACAAUUUUAGUUUUGAUGUAAAUAUAUGAAUUAAAUAAAAUU